ACUGCCCUGGCAACGGUCACCAAGGCCACGGGUUUGAAUUUCUGAGAAAACUGAUUUUGCCAGGAGAGUCACGUUUAAUCGAAAUCCACUGCGUGGUAUCGGAGGCUCUUAUUCCCAGGUCGUGGAGGUUUCGGGGACGAAAUUCCAUACUAGACUUUUGGCACGCAAACGCCUCAUAUUUCAUUUACGAGUCCGUCCACCCUCUGAAUACCAAAACAAGCCGCUCUUCUUCAAAAGAAAAGGCCGACGGCCGCUCCACCUCUCAUUCCCUGCUCAGAAAUGUCCCACACGGACGCGUCUCACACCUUGUGGCUCAUCCUCUGCUUCAUGAGUGUUGUCGCGCUGUGGCCUCUGCGACAAGGCCGAGUUUACUCGGUCUUACGUCACGUGCCUUACAUACUGGCGGUCUGCGCCUUCGUGUUCUGGUUCGGGGAGCUCGGGACGGUCGUAAGCGCGCGCCGAGACACGAAACAGCUGCUGGGUUACGUGGGUCUUCUGAGCGGCCACUCCGUGUCCCUCUACAAGUGGUGCAACCUGGUUCUCAAACGCCGACGCCUCCAGCGGCUGGUGGACUCCCUGAGCGCGUGCCUGCAGAUGGGAUCUGCCGCCGAUCGGUCGGCGGAGCUCCACCGCUUCACCAGGGCCACCAACACCCGGGCCACGAUCAUGACCGUCUGCUGGAUGGGUGGCGCCAUGUGCGUCAUAUUCUACUGGUCUCUGGCGCCACUCCUGCACAACGGCAGGCUGGUGGAGCUGCCCGGUGUCCAUGGCAACGAGAGCGCGCACAAGAGGCUUUACUUCCUGCCGUUCGGCGAGUGGCAUUUCCUGGACACGAGCGGGUCCCCGACGUACGAACUGCUGUACGUCGUCUGGGCAACUGGCAGCGUCUCGAACGGCUGGAUGCACGCCUGCUGCGACUGCUUCUACCUGCACGUUAUCUCGUUCUUCUGCGGUCAAUUCGAGUUCCUGACCGCGACCAUCCGCCUCUCGGAGCAGUACUCCGACUUGUCGGCCUGCGUUCGUUACCACCAGCAGUUACUGAGAGCAGCGAAGCGUCUCGACGCCCUCUUCUCGCCCCUCAUGUUCGUCCAGCUCAUCAACACGCUGCUCGCGCUCUGCACCUUCGCGUUCGAUUUGAGCACGAUGAAGCCGGGCAGAGGGGACUCCGACCUGUCGAGUAAAGCGGGCUUCUUCGCGGCGAGCGUCUUCCAGCUUUACUUGUACUGCAGGGCGGGCAGUCGCCUCACCGAACUGAGCGGGUUGGUCGCGGACGCUGGCUACGAGACCCGCUGGGUUGAUAAAGACAGGUCUUGGCGGCGAGCCGUGGAGCUGAUCAUAAUGCGAGGCCAGAGGUCCUUCCGGCUCAAUGGAGGGCCCUUCUACGUCAUCUCGCUUGAGACACUGUUAGCGCACGUUCAGCUGGCUUUCUCGUUCUUCACCGUGCUGAAGAACAUGAACGGACCCGAGGCCUGACCGACCAAGCUGCCACGCUGACCUCCAAAGUAAUUCAUCUUUUGCAGGGUCCACCUGCUACUAGCGUAGUGCAUUUUAGGGUUUCGAAUGACAGCCACGUACUGUUGUAAAUAAUAAUAAUAAUAAUAAUAAUAUAAACAACAAAAUCGGAAAGUGUGUUCUCACUCUGGUCGCCAGAUCGCAGCACAUCAAAGUUCGCCUCACGACUUUCCUCAUCCGUAAUUUUGUUAUCACGACUCACAGGAAAUUCAAAACACGAUUCUGAGGUCGUGCAGAACGGCACAUCCACCACAUCAAAUUUCACCCAAAUCCGUCCAGUGGUUCUCAGGUUGAACCGACUGGACAAACGGACGGACCAGACCAGACCAUAAUG